UCCGUAGGCUGUUGUGACGUGUAAAGCCGAGCUAACAGUAGUCAGAGUUUUCUCAGAGUUAUAGAGGGAGUUAUCUUCUGUUCAUAAUAAACUGUUUAAAAAGCAGCAGAGAGUUGAAGUGAUUGUGGAAAAACACCACUGAGGUAUAAUGCGGCGAGCAGGGUUGGGUGAAGGUGCUCCACAGGGAAAUUAUGUGGCCAGCGGUUAUAGCGUUUAUGAGGAGGAGAAUGAACAUUUACAAGAGGGUCUUAGAGCCAAAGUAAAUGCACUGAAGCAUCUCACUAUUGACAUUGGGACUGAAGUCAAACACCAAAAUAAAAUGUUAACAGACAUGGACUCGGAUUUUGACUCAACUGGUGGUUUGCUGGGAGCCACCAUGGGCAGAUUGAAGCUUUUGUCCAGAGGAAGCCAGACCAAAAUCUACUGCUACAUGCUGCUCUUCGCUCUCUUUGUAUUCACUGUUCUUUACUGGGUGAUCAAACUGAGGUGAUGGACGGACUGGAAUUAAUUUGCCUGCUUCAUCGAUGUUCACUACCCUGUGUGCCAUGCUCCACUGCUUCAGACAAACUGAGUCAGGACUGCAAUGCUUUUGAGAUGAUUAAUGUAAAAAGUAUCUUGUGUGUUCCAUACUUCAUCACUUAACAGUUUGGACCUGCUACAGGUUCAUGAUUUUAGGAUGUAAACAUUUGUAUUAUGUAUUCCUAGUGAGAUGCAUAGUCUUUAAUGCAAUGCCAAUCUAGAUAUGCUGCGGUUUCCUAGGAUUGUUCAUCCCGAAAUAGUGUUUUUUCACAGUUUAAUGCAUGCAUCAUAUUUUAAUGGUUUUGUUUUUUUAUAUAUAAACUGGCCCACAGAGAGUUAGUUUUAUAUAAAUAUGCAGAUCCAGGCUGUGCUGCAGGUCAGAGUACAGAAAAGCAGUGAGAUAAACAUUGUUUUGCCAAGCUAAUUGUUCAGCAAGUUUGUUGGCUAUGCUUGGCAUAAACAACUUAUUGAGCUGGCCUACCGGUCAGCCUGUUCUUUCAGAAUAAUUGUGACAAGACUGUAGUGUAGUGAGCACAAAAGCUCUUAAUUAUGGGGAGGACAGGACAUUUUUACUGUUCAUGGAAUGUUUUCAGAGGAGGAAAACAGUAAGUGAUAUUAAUUAUAAGAAAUCAUCUUAUCAUCUUUUUCUAAGCUUUUAAUCAUUUCAUAGUCAAAUCAUAUGAUUUAAGAAUAUGAGUUCUGAAUAUCCAGACACAGUCCUAAGCUAACAGCUCUUUAUAAAAAAUGUUGUAUUUCCAAAAAAUGUGAUUUGUAUGUAAGAAAAUACUAGGCAAUAAAUGUUGGAGGUAA